AUGUCAUGCUCCUCUUUUGACUAUGAUUGUUUUUGUGGCACAAACUCUGAAUACAUCACCUGCCUUUGCUUUGUGCUGUCCCUCCUUGGCAGACGAGCUCUGGGUGCGGCGUCAUACAAUCGUCAUUCCAAUGCGGCUGAAUCAUUCUUGUGUGGGCUUCACGCAUUGUUCAAGGGCGACUUUAGAAUUACUUGUCAGCGUGAUGAGUGGGUGUUCGCUGACAUGGAUCUAUUACGAUGUGUCAUUUCACCUGCAGUUAAGAUGGCAAUGAAGUUACAUCAAGACCACUUCGUCGCUCCCGAUGAUUUUGAUGACCCCGAGUCCUUAUACGACCUAAUCGCCGAGCAUCAAACCAGGCUUUUCAUCUCCCAUGAACAUGAUCCAGCAUGGCGCCGUGCAAUAAUCGCGAAUACUCCAUCUUUAUUGGCUUUGCGGCACAUGUAUGAUGAAGGUCAGGAUGAUUACAAGAUCAUCAUGUUGAAUAGAAUGCACUUGAAUAUGAGGUUU